CCUCGCACCCGCGCGCACUCGCGCAGCCAGCCUGCGGCGGCCACCGCGGUGAUGCUCGCCAGCAGGUCGGGGAAGUUUCCCGCCGGCCUCGGCCGCGGGCGCCGGUGCACCCAGGUGUAGCGCCCCCGCGCGGCGCGGGCGCCUGGGCAUCUCCAGCAUGACCCGUCAGAGCCUGUGGGACGUGUCCGAGGCCGACGUCGAGGAUGGAGAGAUCCGCGUCAAUGUGGGCGGCUUCAAGAGACGGCUGCGUUCCCACACGCUGCUGCGCUUCCCUGAGACGCGCCUGGGCCGGCUGCUCCUCUGCCACUCUCGAGAGGCGAUUCUGGAACUCUGCGAUGACUAUGACGACGUCCAGCACGAGUUCUACUUCGACCGUAACCCUGAGCUCUUCCCUUACGUCUUACAUUUCUACCACACCGGCAAGCUUCACGUCAUGGCUGAGCUGUGCGUUUUCUCCUUCAGCCAGGAGAUCGAGUACUGGGGCAUCAAUGAGUUCUUCAUCGACUCUUGCUGCAGCUAUAGCUAUCAUGGCCGCAAAGUGGAACCUGAGCAGGAGAAGUGGGACGAACAGAGUGACCAGGAGAGUACCACGUCCUCCUUUGACGAGAUCUUGGCCUUCUAUAAUGAUGCUUCCAAGUUCGAUGGGCAACCCCUGGGCAACUUCCGCAGGCAGCUGUGGCUGGCACUGGACAACCCGGGCUACUCAGUCCUAAGCAGGGUCUUCAGCGUCCUUUCCAUCUUGGUGGUGUUGGGAUCUAUCAUCACCAUGUGCCUCAAUAGCCUGCCCGACUUCCAAAUCCCUGAUAGCCAGGGCAACCCUGGUGAAGACCCCAGGUUCGAAAUCGUGGAGCACUUUGGCAUCGCCUGGUUCACAUUUGAGUUGGUGGCCAGGUUUGCUGUGGCCCCUGACUUUCUCAAGUUCUUCAAGAAUGCUCUAAACCUUAUUGACCUCAUGUCUAUUGUCCCCUUUUACAUAACUCUGGUGGUGAACCUGGUGGUGGAGAGUUCGCCUACCUUGGCUAACUUGGGCAGGGUGGCUCAGGUCCUGAGGCUGAUGAGGAUCUUCCGGAUUCUCAAGCUGGCCAGACACUCCACUGGCCUUCGCUCCUUGGGAGCCACCCUGAAAUACAGCUAUAAGGAAGUGGGGCUGCUCUUGCUCUACCUCUCGGUGGGGAUUUCCAUCUUCUCCGUGGUGGCCUAUACCAUCGAAAAGGAGGAGAACGAAGGCCUGGCUACCAUCCCCGCCUGCUGGUGGUGGGCUACCGUCAGUAUGACCACUGUGGGGUACGGUGAUGUGGUCCCAGGGACCACAGCCGGGAAGCUGACGGCCUCUGCCUGCAUCUUGGCAGGCAUCCUGGUGGUGGUCUUGCCCAUCACCUUGAUCUUCAAUAAGUUCUCCCAUUUUUACCGGCGCCAAAAGCAACUUGAGAGUGCUAUGCGUAGCUGUGACUUUGGAGAUGGAAUGAAGGAGGUCCCUUCAGUCAAUUUAAGGGACUACUAUGCCCAUAAAGUUAAAUCCCUCAUGGCAAGCCUGACAAACAUGAGCAGGAGUUCACCCAGUGAACUGAGUUUAGAUGAUUCUCUCCAUUAGCUGGGAGCGUUGGUCAUCCUCAGACAUACAUUGCCGAUCUGCUUCUUGCACCUUCGGCACAGUCCAGGCACUGUAGGGUUAUGGCAUAAGGAGUCAUUCUGACCCUGGAGGGAGAGCUGCAUGGGAUAUGAGCCCUAGGUUGUUUUUGCAAUGUUUGGAGGAUUGCAUUUUUUUAGAGGAUGGUGUGUCUAACACCAUGCCUUUGCACCUUUCAGUGAAAUGACACUCACUGGUCUUUGCAUCAUGGGCAUAAAAUGUUCAUCUUUCUGCCAGAUGAGUAUCUAGAAUGCUGAUUUAUCUGUCCUCUGUGUGCACUAUUCUAGUGUUUAUGCCCCAGUAUUAUCUGUGAAUAGAGUCGUCUGUGCUCGUAUUUCUGAGGUUGUUGUGUGAACUCUAUAUAAAAAGCCCCGGCAAGUCUGUCCAGUGGAAACACAACUGUCUAUGAUGUCAGCAAGGAUAUCAUGAGAUUUGGACCACAACCUUGUGAAAACAGAAUCUCAAUUAUUUAUCCAUUGCUUUCAUUUAAUUUUAAUACCAAAACAGAAAGAUUGUAAGCUAAGCACACUUGACCAAUGCAAGUCUUCUUUCUACUUGGUCUUGUCCUUGUGACUUGCAUGGAUACGCCAGUCAGUUUUUAGAAAGAUGUGUAUAGAUGUGUAUCUCCUAAGUGUCAGUGUAAGAGAAUGUUAUUCAGUCCACAUGUAGUAAAGACUAAAUGUUUUUCCCUAAGCGGAUAGAUUACGGAAGGGACUUUAGUUAAACAUGGCCCACACCCCAAGAUGCUAUAAACAGAGUUCAUGUAGGCUAAGCCCUUUCAUUGACAGUCAGGCCUCUAUUUCUUCUGGAGGAAUCAUAGAGGCAUUUAUUUCUGGCUGGGAUUCCUAAUCCAGGCCAUUUUGACCAAAGUUUGCUGUGUCUUGGUAUUAGCAUGUUUUUCAAGAAUUUCUUUUUAGAGAUGUUUAGGAAUAAGGUUGUACGUCUUUCUCAACUAGAACAGGUUAGUGUUGCAUUGUCGUCGUGAGGUGAGCAUUGUUAGGUUGCUAGCAAGGGCAGUAGCUUAAACAUUUUCUUGCCUGCUCUUAAAGCUCAUAAAAUGACAGCCCUUUUAUUUCCAAGCAGAAUUCUCUUUAGGUAGUUUUGCUUCUAGGAUACAGGAGAGUAUGUACGAUGUUUUGAUUGCCUUGAGUUCCUGCUGGGACAUGGAAGCCUGGUAGUACAGAAACAUAUUCAAGAUACAGACAUGCGUGAAGGCAGCGUGGCUGAUCCAAGCCCUGGGGUCUUAUUUCCAUUGCAAUUGCAGGGUUUUCUUGUAUGUGUGUGUGUGUGGGGGGCGCGGUAGAGGCCAGAAGAAAAGAGUUAUAAAGCCAAAAACUACUUACUUCAUAAAACAUAAAUAACUGUGAAUUUCUUAAAAACCUUAAAGCUAGUCAGGAAACCUUUCAACCUAUUAAGCUUCAUUGAAGGGUUGCCGCUGUUUCCUUUUCCACACACCCUGCUCCUCUUCUGCAGCUCGUCAACAUAACACAGUAGGAAGGGAAGUUGGGCCCCUCUUAGGAUAAUUCUUUCCCAGCAUCCUCUACAUAAUCUGAUGGUUUUCCGGUGGCUUUCGUUAUUGUUAAGUCUUUGGCAAGGCUAUGGAAUCUAGGGAUCCAAAUAUGGAGAUAAACAGACUUUUUAUCCAAAGUCUGGACCUACUCUUAAUUGGUCCAUUUUGUGUUUUAGUCGGGUAAGGAUAAUCCACACCUCACGAGAGUAUGGAGUGGAUCUUCUCAGAGGGCAUUGUGUUCUAGUAGUUGUCAUGGCUACUACAGUGUGGGCGAUUUGUUGGAUGAAUGCACUGGCCACUUAAUGUCCUUGAGCCUCCAGUUCAAAUCUUUCAUCAGAUUGGAGUCUUAUUGGAGGGGGGGCAAAGGGUGGCAACCUUCUAGUGCCUCCAUGCAGACACACUAUGUGUGUUAUUCCAAAGCAGCAGGAUGUGAGAUAACCUGAAGAACCUGCCGAGGAGUCAGAGGACCAGGCAUGUUUUCUGGAGUUUACAAGGGAACUUUUGUUGUUGGCUAGUGUCCUCAGCCCUGGGAGACAGAACAUUAUAAAGCGUCCCAGAUGCCCUGAAGGCAGGUGAUAGCAAACCUGCCAAGGCUGCUGAUACAAGGUAAUGGCAUGGCAGCCAUGGUCACUGACCAUGAUGCUGAUACAAAGGAGAGAUAAGGCAGGAGGCAGAGUAACAGCUGCUCUCACAAGGACUUUCCUAAAUGAGCGGGUUUACCACCAAAAAAGAGAGACCUCUAGUGGGUACCUACGAGGGUACAAAAGCUGGAGCACUUGACUUUUCUUUUUGGUAAUGACUUGCUUUAUCUGGUGCCUUUCUUUGGGAGAAUCCCAAAGUGCUUUAGAAACUUCUUUUAAACAUUUCUUGUACAUAUAUGUAUACUUGUAAAAGAAUAUUUCUUUGCUCACCAAGACUUUCAGUCGAUCCAGUACAUGAAAAUUUCCCAGGAGCAUUGAGUUCUCCAAGCAGCGGUUUCAGAGACCUCGAGGGAGAACCACCCCAAGGCUGGGACACUGACUUCCCACAGAAGGUGAAGAAUGGUGUGGGACUCUGGGAACCCUUCUCUCACCACCAAACCACACCAAGGUAUGAAGUUCACAAGUGCUGGCUCAGCAGCAAAGCCUCCGAUUGGCCAUGUUAGAUAAUGCCCCGCCACAGCAUGUCUCCUGGUAACCAGGGAAGGGCAGGUUAAUUUUCUGCCCUGUUCUUGGGAGUAAAAUCUACAAAGAUUAAGUGACCCCAUCAGACUGUCAAAGUGACCUGUAAUCAAUCCUCCUUUGGUGGGACGUACACAAACACACACACACACACACACACACACACACACACACACACACACACACACAGAUGCACGUGUGUCCGGCUUCACUCUUGGCAUUUGACCUGCUUUGCUCACGGACAUUGUGGAAGUAACACAUGUCCGUUACACGGAUGCACUAGGCUUAGGCUGUGUUCCCCGUCAGACAUCCUCCUUUCCCAGGUUUGCUGCAGAGAAGGGGCGUGUUGAAUGCCGAGCUUAUGCCUAGCUCAUCAGGCAGUAAUUGGUGUUUAAUAUUUGGAUUUGUUAUUUCUACUUAUCACGGCACUCAAAUCACUGAACUACCUGUUAAUUAUUUCUUCAUUUCAAUGGAAAUGAUUUGUUCUGCACUUUGGGGUAGCGGCGAUCUGUACAGGCUGUGUGGUCUCUACUUAGACUUCACUGGUAUUUCUUGUAUGUUUUAACAGCAUGACUUGUUCCAGGGUUGUAAUUUUAAGCAUCGAGAACGCUGUAUUUGCAAUGUCAGUUUUAACACUCAUUAACACACUACUGUGCAAGCAUCCUGGCGGCUCCACUGCGCCGUUCUAUCUGAGCUCUGUGCUUGAAAACCUGUGCCUCAACUCUGGAAUGAGGCACAGGACUGACAUGUUGAGGAUGCCAGCCUUGCAAAUGUACAGAUUAAACAGAAAACAAUUAUUUAAUUUC